GUCGAAGAAGAAGGUUUCUGCAUUUCUUUCUCCUUUCCGCCAUGGGCCUCUGUUUCACCAGAACCCGCGACGUUCCCAUCGACUCCUUCACCUAUGGCUCAGACACACCCCCUCAAUCUCAAUACCCGCCAAAGCCACCGCCGAAGCCGCCAUCGAUUCCAUCUUACAAGUCCGUUCCGCCGUCGCAGAUUGGCCCAAUCACCGGCCGCCCCUACGUCAACAUAACCACAAUCUACGAACUCCACAAGGAGCUUGGUCGAGGCCAGUUCGGGAUUACUUAUCUCUGCACCGAGAGGUCCACCGGUCGGAAAUACGCUUGCAAGACGAUUUCCAGGGGGAAAAUGGUGAAACAGAAGGAUAUCGACGAUGUGAGAAGGGAAAUUUUGAUUCUACAGCAUUUGACUGGCCAACCGAACAUCGUGGAGUUUAAGGGCGCAUAUGAGGAUAAGAGGAAUUUGCAUCUGGUUAUGGAGCUGUGUUCCGGCGGAGAGCUUUUCGAUCGGAUUAUCAAGAAGAAGAGUUACUCGGAGAGAGAAGCGGCGUCGAUUUGUAAGCAGAUUUUGAAUGUAGUUCACGCGUGCCAUUUUAUGGGGGUUAUGCAUAGAGACUUGAAGCCUGAGAACUUCCUGAUGGUCAGUGAAGACGACGAUUCGCCGAUUAAGGCCACCGAUUUUGGACUCUCCGUUUUCAUCGAAGAAGGCAAAGUAUACAGAGAAAUAGUUGGAAGUGCAUAUUACAUUGCCCCUGAGGUUUUACGGCGGAAUUACGGGAAGGAGAUCGAUAUAUGGAGUGCUGGAGUUAUUCUUUACAUUCUCUUGUGUGGGGAGCCUCCCUUUUGGGGACAGACCGAAGACGAGAUAGUGAAAGCAGUUCUGAAAGGCAACCUAAAAAUGGAAGACCCUCCAUGGCCUUCCAUAUCCUCUUCUUCCAAGGAUCUUGUCUCUAAAAUGCUGACAAGGGACCCAAGAAAGCGGAUCACCGCUGCCGAAGCGCUUGAACAUCCUUGGUUGAAGAUCGAGGGUGAGGCCUCUAGCAAGCCCAUAGAUAGCGCGGUGCUCAUUAGGAUGAAGCAGUUCAGAGCAAUGAACAAGUUUAAACAACUUGCUCUUAAGGUAAUGGCACAAAACCUUUCAGAAGAAGAGUUAAAGGGUCUGAAACAAAUGUUUAAGAACAUAGACACUGAUAGAAGUGGUACCAUCACAUUUGAUGAGCUGAAAACAGGUUUAUCCAGGCUCGGUUCAAGGCUUUCGGAACACGAAAUAAAGCAACUAAUGGAUGCAGCUGAUGUCGACAAAAAUGGGACGAUCGAUUAUGGUGAGUUUAUUACUGCAACGAUGCAUCGACAUAGGCUCGAUAAAGAAGAAAACAUAUACAAUGCUUUCCGGUUCUUUGACAGAGAUGGAAGCGGAUUUAUCACAAGAGAUGAGCUCAGACAGGCCAUGACUCAGUAUGGCAUGGGAGAUGAAGAUACCAUUGAUGAAAUUAUUAACGAUGUCGAUAUCGAUGGAGAUGGAAAAAUCAAUUAUGACGAGUUUGUGAACAUGAUUACAAAAGGGACAGUGGAAGCAAAGAUGAACUAGAUUACAGUUUACAGCUUGUAAAAAGGAAAAACAAAAGUAAGUUUGCUGUGUAAAGAUACGAGAUUGAUGGAUGCAAUAAGAAAUUGUUACAAUACAAAAUAAUGUCCGUCUUACUAUAAGAACUUUUCUGCUCAUCAGUGCAUGAUCCUGUAUGAUAAUAUUCUUCC